GGGGGGAAGUAAACAAACUUCUGGCGUGAUGAAUCGGGAACUGAAGAGAGGGAAGGUAGAGGACUCAGAUGUCAAAGAGAAGGUGCUGGUUGCAGUUAAGGCAUCAAAGGAGAUUCCAAAGACUGCCCUGGUUUGGGCUCUGACUCAUGUGGUUCACCCUGGAGAUUGCAUUACUUUGUUGGUUGUCAUCCCUUCUCAAAGUUCUGGUAGGAAAUUAUGGAGUUUCCCCAGAUUUGCAGGAGAUUGUGCCAGUGGCCACCGAAGAUCUAAUUCAGGAACUAGUCCAGAGCAGAAAUCUGAUAUCACAGAUUCCUUCUCCCAGAUGAUCCUUCAGCUCCAUGAUGUUUAUGAUCCUAACAAAAUAAAUGUGAAGAUAAAAGUUGUUUCUGGAUCACCAAGUGGAGCAGUGGCGUCGGAGGCCAAGAGAGCUCAAGCUGCUUGGGUUAUAUUGGACAAAAAGCUCAAGCAUGAAGAAAAGCGUUGUAUGGAAGAGCUACAAUGUAACAUUGUCGCGAUGAAGCACUCCCACCCAAAAGUUCUGCGGCUAAACUUGGUUGGGUCCCCGAAGAAGGGAGCUGAAGCAGCACGUCUAUCUCAAUCUGAUCUAAAUCAGUCAUUUGAGCCACAACCCAGAACAGAGAAUGACGCUAUGAAUUCCAUUCGAGGGCCUACUGUGACGCCAAGUAGUAGUCCAGAGCUAUUCACUGCAACUGAAGUUGGAACUUCAUCAGUAUCCAGCUCAGAUCCUGGGGCCUCACCAUUUUUCGUUUCUGAAAUAAAUGUCAAGAAAGUGGAAUCAUUUGGCACAAAAGAAACUCCCGAUCUCGAUGAUUCAAGUUCUGAUACAGACAGUAGAACCUCAUCUCCAUUCUCAUCAAGUUUAAGGUUCCAAAAAUGGAUGGUGGAAGAAAGCUCACAACGAUCAAAUGCCAGUAGGGCUCAAACUUCCACAACAAGGGCUUGUUUGGAAAAAUUCUCUAGACUUGAUCGAGAAACUAGAUUUGGAUUGCCAAAUUACAGACCGGACCUGGACUUCAAUGGAAGUAUGAGAGAAGCAGUUUCUCUGUCCAGAAAUGCUCCUCUUGGGCCUCCUCCUUUGUGUUCCAUAUGCCAACAUAAGGCACCUGUCUUUGGAAAACCCCCAAGGUGGUUCACGUAUGCUGAGCUGGAGCUUGCAACUGGAGGAUUUUCACGAGCUAAUUUCUUGGCAGAAGGAGGGUUUGGAUCUGUCCACAGAGGAGUCUUAUCAGAUGGUCGGACAGUUGCUGUCAAGCAACACAAAUUGGCAAGUUCUCAGGGGGAUCAAGAAUUUUGCUCAGAAGUGGAAGUCCUAAGUUGUGCUCAGCAUCGAAAUGUUGUUAUGUUGAUUGGAUUUUGUAUUGAGGACAGGAGAAGGUUGCUGGUUUACGAGUACAUAUGUAAUGCGUCGCUGGAUUCUCAUCUAUAUGGUCAUCGCGGAGAUCCAUUAGAAUGGUCUGCACGCCAAAAAAUAGCUGUGGGAGCUGCUCGAGGGCUGCGGUAUCUUCACGAAGAAUGCAGAGUGGGUUGCAUUGUCCACCGAGACAUGCGGCCUAACAAUAUCCUCAUCACCCAUGAUUUUGAACCACUGGUUGGAGACUUUGGCUUGGCCAGAUGGCAACCUGAUGGAGAAACAGGAGUCGAAACUAGGGUAAUUGGAACUCUUGGGUAUUUGGCUCCAGAGUAUGCUCAAAGUGGCCAGAUCACUGAGAAAGCUGAUGUUUAUUCAUUUGGGGUGGUCUUGGUGGAGCUUGUUACUGGAAGAAAAGCUGUGGACAUAAACCGGCCUAAGGGUCAGCAGUGCCUUAGUGAAUGGGCACGUCCACUACUGGAAGAAUAUGCCAUUGACAAACUGAUUGAUCCGCGGCUGGCAAACAACUAUAACGAACACGAGGUCUAUUGCAUGUUACAUGCAGCAUCCAUGUGCAUUCAACGAGAUCCUCAGUCUAGGCCUCGAAUGUCACAGGUUCUCCGCAUACUGGAGGGGGAUAUGGUUAUGGACUCGAGUCAAAUGUCGACACCUAGGUAUGAUGCCGGUAGUCAGAGUGGACGGAUUCAGCGAGAAAAGCAACAACAAUAUCAAAGCUAUAGCAGUCCAUUGGUAGCCGAAGCUUUAGAAGGGUUCAGUGGGAAGCUCUCUCUCGAUUCACCAAGGUUGACACCUUUCUGGGAAAGAGAGAAGCCCACCAGGACGACUUCGUCUGAGGACGACUUGUGAUCAAGAGCUCUAACCACACUUCAAUUGCAUGGAGAAAACUCUGAAAAUAAUGCCAUCUUGUUCUGGUCUUGUAUAGUAUGAAGCAAUCGGAGCAUGUAGGGUUUUGUAGUUCAUUUUAGAACUGUAGUCUGAUACCAAGUCGCGAGGUUGGAACUCUGAUGCAUAUAUAUUUUUGAUCUGUUCAAUGAAAUCAAGCUUGGGCAGCA